AUGACUCGGCCUGGUCCGUUCUCUUUUUUUCUACUUAUUUCAUGGAAGUAAAAAAAAGGGAUUUUUUUGGGGGAAAAAAGGGAUCUUCAUUUAAUUCCCACAUUGCUCUACUUUUGAUUUUUUUUUAAACAUAUUUCACAUAUGAUUGUCAUUUGCGAAACAAAAAAAAAUUAUUUUUCAGUUCAAAUCGAUAGCAAAGCAGAAGCUUCAGUUGUAAGUUUUUUUAUCAGUUUUUUUUUUUUUGAAUUGUUAGAUGUCAAAAUUGAGGUUUAGUGAAAAAGAUCUCAUGAUGUCUUGAUUUCACAUUGAUUGAUUGUCCCAACCUAUGUUUUUCUUUUUCUUUCCGCCAAACCACGAUUUUCUUUCAGUCGCCGAGUCAACUAAGAGAUGUCUCUGAACUGAAGAAGCCCCCGUCAGAAAAAGGCUCUGAAAGGAACAAAAUUCAGCACAAUCGCAGGAAAUUUUCUCGAGGAGGGGCAGAAAAGAAGCCUCCGAGCAGCAACAACGAGAGACGUUCAAGAUCGAAAAAUUCGAAAAGUCAAGAUAGCUACAAGGUGCUCUCGAUUUUCUCUCCGAUUAAUCAGAACGAUGGCUUUUUUUCGCAAGUGCACUCUAGCAAAACUUUGAGAAAAUCGCGCCUUUUGAGACUUUAAUCAAUGAUCCCUUCAGCGGCGUCAGCUCUCUCAAAAAUGUUCACUAGAGAAGCUCAAAAUCAUCCGAAGCGCGUCCGAUUUGCGUUACCAAGAGUUUGCGUUACCAGUAAUCCAUCUACAACUUCCUUGAAAACAUUAUUUUAAAUUUAGACAGCCUAACGAUUUGCUUUCACAACAUCAGCUCACUUUUUCUCAAGGCUGCAAUCACAAUUUUUUUUUUGUGCUUUUUUCUCUGAUGCAGUUUUUUCUGAUUCAGUUUUUUUAAACGAUUUCGCACUUUUUUAGAGCCUGAUUUCUCUUUUUGAAUCUAACUUUUCGACAGGAUCUUGUGGGUUUUCAAGCAAAACUCAGAUAAUUUUUUAUCGAUCUUGAUCCUAUACUUCCAGGCUCCACCUCUUAAUGAACGUCCACAGCAUCCAGGCUUUGAGGCUCCUGUUUCGGCAAGCGAACAAAAUAAGGUGGGGGUGUUAUUUAAAUCAACAAAAGGUUAAAAAAUAAUGAAAAUAAUACGAGCUUCAGUCGGUAUCUGAAAUUCAAACGGCAAAAAUAAAAGCGCUUUAAAAAAAUAAGGAAUCGACAAAAGGAAAAAAAUUUUUUUUUUCUUUUUUCAACUUCUGAAUAAAUUUUGCAGCCAAGAUUUUUGAUACUGGGUUAUUGAGAAGUAUCGGAGUUUUUGAAUGAGCUUAUGCUGAAUGAAAUCAGUUUUAUACACUGUUUCCGAAUCUGAAUUCAAAGAAUUUCUAGAAAAACUGUAAGAAAGGAAUCAUCAAUCAAAUCGAAAUUUUUCGAUUUUUGAGAGAUUUUUUUCACAAUUACCUAGACAAUUUUCGAGCUCAUCACAGCAGCGUAUAAAAAAAAAUUUCGUUUCUAUUUUUAAUCCUCUCCUAACGCUAUCCGUUUCGUGUUGCAGACUUGCAACCAGCUGCAAAACGUUAUCGACUCGCCGGACUUUGUCUGA